AUUUCUUGGUUAGUUGAUUAAUUAUAUUUUUUACUAAUAAAUUUAUCUGUUUGAUAGAUUGGUUAAGUCGAUCGUCGACAUUGUUCAAAAGAUUGGAAUGAACAAUCAGUAGUUAUUCGAGCUAAAGUUCGACAAGCUCUUCUAGAUUUUGCUCGAACAUGAUGAAAUCAAACGAUUGCUUGGCUCUUCAUAUUUGGAUUAUUUUUGUUGUCUUAAAAUUGUUGAGACAUUAAAAGAAACAGAAAAAGAAAAAUGUCAUACACAUCAUGCAGAAUUAGAUAAAACUAUUCAUGAAAUUGAAAAACAAUAUGCACAAUUAUGUGUUGAUAUGUCAAUUAAAGGUGAUAAUGUUCAACUAGAAUUAAUUCAACGCAUUGAAUAUUUACCAAACAUAUGCAAACAAUUAGCAAGUAGAGAUAAAAGUUUCAUUCCAUUGUUAGAGCCCGCUCUUGAGUUUUAUAUAGAAUUUAAGAAAGAUUUUCAUUCAUCUUCGAAAAUUAAUCAUGAAGAAUUUGCACCUCUAAUUAAAUAUUUAAUUGAAAAUGGAAAUACAACAGUUUAUCAAUAUCGAACUGAUGGUGAUGUGCCUGUUAAUGUUGAACAACCACCGUUGAAUUAUAAAUUUACAAAAGCAGUUGAAGUUAAUGAACAAGAAUCAAAUACUAUUUUGGGAUUAGAUGAUGAUUUAACAACAUCAACUAAUGGAAUUGAAGUUAAACAAACAGCAAAUCAAACUGAUGUUAUUGAUUUUGAUAUUGAAGCAGAAAUAUAUUGGUCUGGAAUUGAUACAGUACCGGAAUUACUUGAUCUAGUUCUUACAUCAAAUGGUAAUCAUCCAAAUUCAAUUCCUGAUACUCUUAGAGAAGUUGCUACAAAUGGAUCAACUUUUCCAAUUGAUGAUGGUAUUGCUCGUGGUAAUGAUACACUAACAUUAUUAGAAAAUCGUUCAACAGAUACAUUAUUUAUUCAUGAACUUUAUCGAGUUUGUUAA